AUGAGCAAAGAUGAGAUGGAUAAGAUGCCUGUCGAUGAAAAGACUGCCUACAGGCCGCAGUUUGGCCACUUAGGAAUUCCAGGAGCUUUCGUUGGCAGUAUAGAAUACUGCAGUGACCAGCUUCUUGACCUCACAGAUGUGAAGCAACUCAAGUCGCUCUUAAGCCAAUGGUUUUAUACAAAACAUAAAUCCGACAUCACUCAAACUGAUAUAGGCACACUAAGGACUCUAGUUUUUUAUUUAAAAUUUGUUUCUGGGGAGUUUAAAAGACUCGAAGGCGUAGAUGAAACACAUCUACAGGCGUGGUUUGAAGCCAAAACAUCAUCAGAUAACCAGGUCUAUCAAGAUAUAUUAGGUUUCAAUUAUGUAUUGAAGUUCAUGUCUGCUAGGCGACGUUUCUUCUUGACUCAUAGCAUUGCUUUGAGAUGGGGACCCGAUGGCCUAAAAGCUUACGACGAAGUAUACGUUCUACCCGGCGGCAAGACCCCUUACGUACUUCGAAGAGUCUCUUGGACGAUACGGGAGCACACUAGGCGACAGCAGCUAUUGGAGCGAUGGGCACGACGGGCACGACGGGGUAGGGAAGCAAUAAGGGAAAUGGAAAUGAUCGGUGACUGUUAUGUUCACGGUGCUAUGGAUGGAGAAUGUCUCAAUCUUUCAAAUAUGAAUGGUCAAGCAACUAUAAUUGUUCAAGAGGACUGCAUGCACGAAUUGUUCGAAAUCGAACGCUUGUUUAAACGAAAAUUCGACGACAUUCUAAGUGAAUAUGUACCCGAUAUUCGUGAGCGUUUAAACGAAGGAAUUUCCGAUACUCUGGGGAGAUGCGCGGGUUACGAUUGUCAAACGAGCCUGGCGAUCUGGAUCGUGCAUAAAAUGUUGGGUGCUUACGGGCGUUUUACUUUGCUAUGGGUUCUUCACUAAUACUGGACUCCUGGAGGUAUUUGCCAUGUGACCUUCUGGUGUACUUUAGGGCGACUCUUUUAUCAAGCGGCACUUUUUUCUACAUGAUUGUAAUCCUUAUUAUUUGUGGUAUACAUUAGGUACCUACCUAGGUAGUUGGUAUAUAAG